AUGGCACCGAACACACGUCGUACAGCCGAAUCGAGUAGGCGCCCUCGCGCUGCUGGAGGGUUUCCGAAUAGCCCGAUAGCUGCGCAGGGUCGAAGGAGCCUGGAACAAGAGAACGAUGAUAGCAAACUGGAGGAUGCUGAGGAUCGUGCGCAACAGGAGUUAGCAGAUCAGAUCCAACGAGAUAUGACUGCAUCUCCAGCGCCAUCAUCCGCUAGCCAGCCGCAAGCCCAAGCGACCUAUAUAAACCCUGCGGACGACCCAGUACCGCAGGAUAGCCGGAAGCGCAUUGAAUAUGCUGCACGCCUGCUGAAAAAGGUCACGAGCUUACCCAAGGUGUCUCCGCAGCUGACCGGAGCUUCUAACUACCGGCAAUGGCGAGAGAAUAUGGUCAAUAUGCUUGAUAUCAACUUUCUCAUGGAGAUCGUCACCGGAGAGAUCGUAGAGCCUCCGCGAGGCCACGACCUUCGCUUUGACUGGGAAAGGCUCUGUAUGAUAGCUGGAACUGCCAUCGUCAACAAUGUCGUCAGCUCUAUCAACGAGAAGAUCAAUCGCAUGGCCAAGACACCAAAAUCCGCAUGGGAACUGCUAGAGAUGCAGUACGCGGUGCCAGACGCGCACGUCGCGCAGAAAGGCUUCACGAAAGCCAUGAAUCUCCGCCUGAGCACCUGCUCCUCCAUCACCGAUUAUUGCAACCAGGUCGAAUCUGCGUGGGAGGAUAUAUUUAGCGGGUGGACGUGGUGCGAUGAAUGGGAACACUGCCGGUGCUUGAAUCUGCUGGCGGGAAUCGAUUCCGAAGAUUGGCUGAAUUGGAAGACUAGCUUUUUCUUAUUAGUUAAGCAGUCGAAGAAUCCUCGGAGAUUAUAUAACUUCCGCAAAAUAGUCUCUGCUCUCUUACAGGCUGAAAAACAGCUAAAGGAGCAUACCUCUGCCUCUUCUACCGUUGUUAACACAUCAACGACGUCUAAAAGAAGCAAGCGAGGCAACCGAGGUGGUAAUGGACGCAGCGGCAAGACGACCAGCGCUCCAAGCGAGAACCAGAACCAAAAGCCGUCAAAACCGCAGUGUGGCUACUGCAAGAAGAUAGGCCAUACUGAAGAGCGGUGCUGGGAGAAGCACCCACAUCUAAAGCCGCCGGCGAGCGAUGCUAGCUCGAAGACGACCGAGGUUAAGGCUACAGAGGCCUUAAUGACAGAGAUAUCUGAUGAGCGAGCUCCAGCCGUAGAGCUACCAGAUCUUGUCAUCCAGGCUUUUUCUACCACAACCAGCGUCCCGAUAGAUCGCUGGGUGUGUGACACGGCGUGUGACGACUACAUGAUAGCGUCACCUGAAUAUUUUGUGCCUAGCACUACUAGGAAGUGCACAAGGACAAUUAGAAUGGCAAUGGCCUCAAGAGAGGUUGAAAUUACCGUAGGCGACGUCGAAAUGGUUCUAGAGAACGGGUCAUCAGCAGAUGGGGCGCGCGUACGCCUCACCAAUGUGCUAUAUGUACCCGGAAUCAGAUUCAACCUACUCAGCGGCUCCAGACUAACAGCCAAGGGCAUCAAGUUAGAAUUCGAAGGGUCAAAACUGACCAUGAAACGGAGGGAUGGUUCUAUACUAGGUCUGGGAGACCUACGCGGACGCAGCUGGCUGAUUCGUAUCAGAGAAGUUAUCCAACAUAGCGCGAACGUUUUGGACACCUCCGUUGCAGCCUUUAAGGCGCCAAGAUCGUCAAAUAUACGCCGAAGGAACAUAUCUGCCGAAGAACGGGACGAGCAGAGAGUUAUGCAGCGCCUAGAUAGGCGCCGGGUCAAUGUCAGAACCUGGCAUCGACGCCUAGGACACCCAGGCAUGAAAGCUGUCACCUAG